AUGGAAAAGCACACGCAACCGUUUUUGCAUUUUGUACAGGAUGAGUUUCUGAAUACUAAUGUGUUUGAAAAAGUGAAGAAGAUUCAUGUAAACUGUAUGUUUAAUGAGAAGCACACUGAUCUCUUUAGGUUUCUGCAGACAGAUGAUCUGAAGAGUCGGGAUGAUCUUGAAGAGUUUAGAAGCUGUGUGAUGGACGCACUUAGUGAAGUGGUAGAUACCAAAGGUGGAUGGAUAGAUCUUUUUGGAUCGUACUACAGAGCAGGAGAUUAUCUACUGUGCCAUGAUGACAGAACUGAGCAUAGAAAGUAUGCAUUUGUGUACUAUUUAGAAGAUCAUGCAUCUGGAAGUCUUAUUUUGUAUGAAAAUGAUGCAAUGAGUGUUUCUAAGAAGAUAGAUGUAAGAGCAAAUCGACUGAUAGUGUUUGAGGUAUCUGAGAUUUCAUUUCAUGAAGUGGAGUAUUGUGAGGAAAAUGGCAGAAGGACGUUUACUGGAUGGUUGAGCUUUGAAGAUGUGAGCAUGCAUGAAGAAUUACCUGUGAUAAAUAUGAAUGUUCCUAGGAAUCAAGAUGUGUUUUCACUUGAUAUUGAUUUUGAAUCAAGCACGAUUGUGUUCUAUCCAGGGAUGGAGUAUGACUUUGGAAGUGUGGAUAAGCAUGUUGAAGGGCCGUUCUAUUCGCGCAGAGUUGAACGCCUUGUGGUACAGCAGAUGGUGGUGCCUGAGGUUGAUGGAUGGGUGUUAUUUGAUGCAGGCAUAUACCAUUUCAGAGUGGGAGAUUACAUUCUGCUGAAUGACAGAUGCAACUCAAUCAGCGAUGGUGUAUGCGAUGUAUAUUUCAUGGAGAUUAGGAAUGAUCAGUUUAGCUGUAAGCUUAGUAAUUAUGAAUGUAAUGAAUUUAACAAAAAUAUAUCGAAUGAUGACUGUAAUGGACUUAACAAUAGUCAAUCAAAUGAUGAAUGUGAUCUGGAUUUUAGUAAUCCAAGUAAUCCAAUAAAGUACCUGGACAGUGAAGGAAGAUGCGUUUAUGGCAUUCCAAUCAAGAACAAAAGCAUGUUUGCAAUCAAUCGCUGUGGACUCUCGAUAUUUGUGCAGCGAUGCACACAAGAGUUUCACCUUGCACAUUUCAUCUAUAUGCAGAAGAACACUGAAUAA